CCGCCUUUGGGCAGAGGCAGAGGGAGCGCACAAGGUUAGCGCCAGCGCCAACGCCAACGCGACCCCUCUCUUCCAAAUUGCAAACUCAUAUCCUCUAAUCCACAAACUUAGCCUUUUCCUUCCGAAUGGACUCCACCCCUUUGAACUGGGAAGCUCUCGAUGCCCUAAUAAUCGACUUCGCUAGAUCAGAGAACUUGAUUGAGGAUUCCUUUUCGUCCUCCCCACCUUCUUCCCCUUCCCCUUCCCCUUCCUCGCUUUCCUCCUCCUCUUACCAUUCCAGGUUGAUCAUCCGCCAGAUCAGACGCUCUUUGGAGUCCGGUGAUAUUGACUGCGCCAUCGAUCUCCUCCGUCUUCAUGCACCCUUCAUUCUGGAUGAUCAUAGGCUACUGUUCCGGUUGCAGAAGCAGAAAUUUAUUGAGCUUCUGAGGAAAGGGACUCCAGAGGAUCGUGUUUUGGCCAUUCGAUGCAUUCGGACAGUGCUCGCUCCUUGUGCUCUUGACGCAUACCCGGAGGCGUAUGAGGAGUUCAAGCACGUUCUUCUUGCCUUCAUUUAUGACAAGGACAAUCAAACAUCCCCAGUGACAUAUGAGUGGUGUGAAAGUAGGAGGUUUGAUAUUGCUGGGUUAAUGUCGUCGGUCCUACGAGCUCAUAUGCAGGCAUAUGAUCCAGUCUUCUCAAUGACUUUGAGAUACUUGAUAAGCAUACAUAAAGGUUUUUGCUUUCGUGAAGGCGUGUUGUCUCCCAUAUCAGAUCUCACUGAGAGGUUGCUUCUAGAUGAACGUGAUCCACCUGCCACGCCCAAGGAGAGUCUGCAUGAAGCACCUCCAUUUGAUGAGGUGGACAUUCAAGCUCUUGCACAUGCCGUAGAGCUAACAAGGCAGGGGGCAAUUGAUAGCUUGAGAUUCACCAAAGGUGAUUUAUUUCAUGCAUUCCAGAAUGAGUUGUGCCGGAUGAAAUUGGACCUUUCUGUACUUGAUGAGCUUGUUCGUGAGUAUUGCAUCUACAGAGGAAUUGUGGACUCUGGUCGUGGGGCUCUCUCUGGGAUGCAGAAUCGCUCUAGUUCAUUGAAAGUUGAUCAAUCUGAGCUGGAGUAUUGUUCAUCAAGGAAUUGCUCUCUUGAAGUCGACUAUGCAACCAGUAAACUUUCGGAUGGUGAAAUUUCUGUCAACAAUUCCCGUGUGGAUAGUUCUCCUGAAAAUAUUGCUGAUGUGACUAGUUCUCAAGGUACCGAGACUGACUUACGAUAUUCAUUGGUGCCAACGUCCAAUCGAGAAGAUUGUAGCACUAGUGAUUCAAUUCAUGUGGGAAAUUCAAGAACAUUACAAGUAAACAAGAACCGUGGGAUUGUAGAAAGGAGCAAGCGAAAGAGAUGGAGAGGAAGACAUGAUGAUAGAGAACUUCGUGACUUGUCUUACAGUGGAUGCAGUAAACAAGAAGUUAGCACUACAACUGUGGCCAGUACGACCAUGUCUAAUGAACAACAGAACCUUGAAAAACAUUUACCAUUAGAAUCUACUGGCAAGGAUGAUAAAUAUGAGAUUGUCUUGGGCAUUAGAGAACUGGCAAGUAAAAGGUUGGCUGCUGAGGUUGUGGAAGAAAUUAAUGCCGUGGAUCCAAAGUUUUUUGCACAAAAUCCUAUUCUCCUAUUCCAACUUAAGCAGGUUGAAUUUUUGAAGCUGGUUAGUUCCGGUGAUUAUUCUAGUGCUUUGAGGGUCGCAUGCACUCACUUAGGCCCAUUAGCCGCUGAUGAUCCUUCCUUGUUGAAGCAAUUAAAGGAGGCUUUGUUGGCUUUGCUCCUGCCCAACGAAGAUAUUCUUGGGAAAGGCUUCCCUAUAAAUGCUCUUGCUAAUUCUCUUCAGGUUGCUUUUGGUAGGAGACUUGGUAUUGAAGAACCACAACUAAUGAAGUUGAUGAAGACCACACUUUACUCUCAUAGUGAAUGGUUUAAACUUCAAAUGUGCAAGGAUCGGUUUGAAAGUCUUUUAAAGAUUGAUUCCUUGAAGGAAGUUAAUCCCCCUCUGCUUUCUACUUCCGCUGGGCUAUUGAAAUCAAAUUCAGAUAGUUGCACCCCCGGUUCUUCCCAAGUCGCGAAAUCUUCGGGUGCAAGAACCACAGGAGAUGGCAGCAGUCCUACGCAAGCGUCAUCUAGAGAUGCAUGUGACGAAAAUGCAAUUCUUAAAGUCAUGGAGUUUCUUGCUUUGCCCAGAGCUGAUGCCAUCCAUCUUCUUGCACAGUAUAAUGGAAAUGCAGAGAUGGUCAUCCAGCAAAUAUUUGCAUAAGUUGGCAUGUAAAAAAUUGUAGCUUUAUUAUGAUGGGGUUCAUUUGUUUAUUAUUUGCCCGACAUUAUUUCAUUCAUUGUGUAAAAUACUUGUAUACCAUCUCUGUAUAUGCCAGAGCUCCAAUGUAUAUAAACGUCCGUCCAACGAUUAAUGUCCCUUGGGUUCUUUUAUUAUAUUUAUGGGAUUGGUGGAUGUGUAAUCGAGCAGUUCGGGAAUAUGUAACUUAGAUCUGAAUGUGCAUAGCAAUGGAUUUCAAUCACAACUGUAAAGAAGAUGUUUUUUCUUCUUCUUGUAA